CAAAACACUUGAAGGGAAGGAAUAACUCUCUGGUUCUUUCCUUAAAAAGAAUCGACAAGGGUUUAUAAUGAGUUGAUUGCUCUGAAUAUCCUGAUCAGCAUAGGCAAGAUGUUCAACAGUCCUAUUACUGAACAACAAUAAGCCUUCUUGACUUCAUCCAUGGACCCAAGAAUCUCUUUCUCCAACGACUUUGCCGACCCCCAUCAAGCCAUCAAGUACCAGAGCAACUACAGGGAAGCUCCGGUGUCCUCGGAUUUCGAAUUCUCGGUGUCAAACUAUGCCAUGAUUCCUGCUGAUGAGAUCUUCUUCAAGGGAAUGAUGUUGCCUCUCAAGGACAACCAAGAGAGGAAGAUGACUCUCAGGGAGGAGCUGCUUGUGGACGACGAUGAUGAUGACUUCAUUGAGGGAUUGCCAAGGUUGCAGAAGGGUUCCGGCUGGUGGAAAGAUCGGUUGGGACUUAAGAGGGAUAACAUGUUAUCUAGAAAAUAUGACAGUGUUGAGGUUCACCAGCGCAGAGGAAUUGAAGAAAAAAGAACUGUGUUAGCUUGUGGAGAAGAGUCUAUGAUGACCAAGAAAACAUAGGAGAAGGGUACUAGAAAAGAGAAGGUUUGGCAUCUGAGUAGGGGAAGGGUUCAUUUCCUUUGGCUUUAGUUUUCUAAUUUAAGCAAGAUUUCUCAUCUCCUGGGACGUAGAGAAGUAUUUUGACUGUAUUGUUAAUUCUGUACAAUUGUUUGCAGUGGAAAUUUUAAGAGGCAAUUUUGAUUCAUCCAUGUAACCUAUCCAUUAAAUUUCUGUAUAUUUC